UAGCCAUGUGCUAAUUGCAACUCUAUUAAUAAAAUAUUAUAAAAUGUGCUAGAGAAGGCUAAAUAUAGAAGCUCUGAAGAUCUAGCUGCAAGAAGAAGUGUUAUUGUGAAGAAAUCUAUCAGCUAAUAUAAAACAACCGAAGGUGAUGUCACAAUAUGAGAAAAAGGUCCUAGUGACCUUUGGAGACAAUCGGCGUCCAGUUUCUUUCCAAGGAGGGGUGACUAACCUAACGUUAAAGAUCAAGGAACGUUUUUCAGACUGUGGGAUAGAGAAAGACGAUACCAUUGUUCUUCAAAUAAAGUCCGAAGAGUGGGGAGGAAUAUUUGUUGAUAUGGAACCGGAUGAAGUCAUUCCUGAUAAAUGUGUCAUUGACGUGUCUAUUGACGUGUAUAUAAAUCGUGUGAACAAAAGUCCCUGUGGAAGAACGGUAAUAAACCUGUAUUCUGGCUCCGACUCAGUAGAGUUUCAACAAUAUCGUGAGAACUUGAAGGUAUUUUUGAAAGGCAGUAAAACGAAAAAGGAGCGUUUACGGAUUAGUCAACCCAACCUUUACGAAAUGUUUGAAAAAGUAUGGACCGUUCGAUCCAACCUUAUGGUAACUGGGUACCCUCCGCAGUACGUGUUUUUUCUUUUGCCAUGUUUUAAAGCAAGUUGUUGCCACCCAGUAUGCCAAAAGUCUGUCGGUGCAUCAGCAGACAAAUUGCAGUGGUAUCUGGGAGGACCCCCUCUAAAUUCACUCCCAAUGCCUCACAUAGAUCCAGAAAGACCAUGGGGAAAAGAAAAUUGUAAAGACUGUAAGGGGAUCUGCAAUGGUCACUAUGUGGAAAGCUCGGAUGGAAGUUACGCUCCACCCCCAUCUGCAACAUUGCAGAAAGCUUUUAACAGUACGUCUACCUUAGAGCCUGAACAAUUGGCUGAGGCUGUUUGUCUUCCAGAGGCAGAAGUUGAAAUUUAGCUCAAACAUUUACAAACAGUAAAAGAUAACCGAAAACUUGGUGCAGAAAAAAGAAGAAAGAAAAAAAAAGAAGAUGUCCUGUAUAGCUGUGAGAUAUGUAUUAGUUAUUGCCCAGCUGCGGCCCCGAGGGCAUUAUAUCAUUCAGUGCAAUAUAUGGCAUGUUGCACGAGGGCGCCGGCAAUAACUAACUUGUUGCCCAAUGACGUUAAACUCGUCUGACUGGUCAUAUAAAUCGUAAUAAAAGACAUGUGUUUUGAAGGAAUUUAGUGUAUUCAUUAGUUUUGCUGAAUUCCAUAGUAAUUUUUUUAGGUUUUCUUCCCACUAGUAGUUGUAAAGGUAGUAGCCUAUAAAAGGGACCAACUGAGUAUUGCGUGGGAUGGUGGGGCAUAAGUCCCAAAUGGGUUAAAGAAAUCUACUGCAUUUACACACAGUGCAAGUGCAUAUAAUCCAGUGCAUGCCAUAUAAUGCAGUGCAAUAUAUGGUAACCAUGGCAGUGAUGCAACAUGCCAUAUACUGAGCACUGGAUUGCUUUGAUCUGCCCACUCACUGGGCAACAAGUAGAAAUGUUUAUGAAGAACAGACAGGAGAAGUUGAAAACUGGAUUGCAUGUGAUGUGUGUGACAGUUGGAAAUGUGUGAAUCUUUUGUCUGAACCUGAUAAGUAUGUGUGUAGCACUUGUACCAUGUAAUAAAGUGGAUUGAAUCUUUUGUUUGCCUGUAUAAAGAGAUAAUAAUUAUAGCCAACCCGUAUUAAUUAUGAUUUAUAGCUCAUUGUAGGUGUCAAUUCCCCAGGUAGAACUACGGGUUUUACCUAGGGAUUUGACAUCGAGGUUGCCCCCAGAUGUGGUGCAAUUGAAAUAUGUAUGUUUCUAAUCCCCACCUAUGCCCGUACUGGGGGGGGGGGCUUGCCAUUGAUAGGUGCAUUAGUCUUGUUUUUUUUAUAUUCUUGGAACAAGGGUCCACACAGUUGCCCAGGGUAUCCUCUGAACAGUUGGAGAAAGCGAACACUUUGCAUUUCACACAAUAACUCUUCAAUCUGUGCCCAAAUGAAGUUGCUUGAUUGAUCUAUAUAAUACGCCCUCAAUGUGCUUGGAGUUACUAUACACAUCACGUGCUACUUGAAUCCAUCGCGCAUGUGUUUGCCUGUGCCGGUCUCCGAGCAACAAUUAGAUCUAGCGUGCAGAGAAUUUCAUUUAUUCAUGUAAGUAUUGUCAAGAAGAAGAUGGGGAAGAGAAUACGUCGAAGGUUCAAGAAGGUCAUCAAGACUGUUACCAAGAUCAUCUUCUGUAGAGGUUGCUCAACUCAAGUCAUCCCCAUUGAUGACAAUCAAACUGAUACAAAUCCUAAACAUUCCAAAAUGAAGGAAAAGCUCAAGCAAAAAGUAAUGUCAAGGUCUGCAAAAAAUCGAGCUGAGAGGCCAAUCAAUGAGACCUCCACUCCCAUCACUGUGGUUGCUGCCACCAAUUACUCUACCUCAACAGGGACCAGUAUCGGGCCAGUUGAUAGUGAGACCACCACUGCAGUUGCUACAACCAGUCACUCCACCUCAGCAGGGACCAGUAUCGGACCAGCUGACAGUGAAACUCCCACUCCCACCACUAUUAUAAUAGCGGCGAUUGCUACCACCAGUCAUUUUACCUCAGCAAGGACCAGUAUCGGGCCAGCUCAUGGUGAGACUUCAACCACUGUGGCAGCCACUGUUAGUUCAGCAAGGACCACUGGACCAGAUAGAUGCUCUCCUGAUGCCUCCACUCACACAAAUACAGUAGAUCAAGAAUAUCUACAAACCAAUGAAGACACUGUUAUGCUGAGUGUAGCAAGUGAACCUGUUGUGAUCCCUAGAAUACCUUCUGCUGAGCUCUUGGAAAAACUCGAGAAGUUCAUAGAGAAUCAAGAGGUUACCAGCCGGCCUUUGCCUGAUCAUUGUGAGAUUGUCGAUACUUCCUUGCCUUGCAACACCGAGCAAGACGAACCAUUGAAACUCUCCGUUUCAGACAUGUUAUGCAUUCAAAAUGAUCCAGACCUGGCGGAUCAUAUGGACAGAUUCCAAGGGGGUGUUACCAAACGAGAACCUCUGUACAUCGUUAUCGAUACCAAACUCUCAAGUCCUACUAUCUUCCAGUUUGAUCAUCCACUCUUUCGUGAAGGUUGCUUUGCAUCCCACGUUCACAGAAAAAAAGAUAUCUCUAGAAUACUGCUUGUAUGGAUGUGGAAAUGAGUUCACGGGAUUCGUACGGGUGUCUGACUCUGUACCAGCAAAAAGGUUUUUUGUGUUUUACACACUUGAUGAAUGGAAAUCAUGCGCAGACGUUUCAGCCACCUUGAUUAGAACUAAUUACAAAGGAGAGCAAACGAAUAGAUACGCGUUUGACCUACCGUACUUUAACCCUGGCUGCACUGAAUUCGCCUUGUGUUUGGAGUCUGAAGAUAGAAAGAGUUGGUGGGACAAUAAUUCCGGCAAGAACUACCGAGUUGGACUCGAUAGCCACAAACUACAUGUUAUACAGAACUCUUAAUUAAUACAGCAAUUCAUGUUCAUGUUAGCAUGCAGUGUAUAAGCUUCUGCAAGCCACAAUUAUAUGUUGAGUUCAAUCCUGUAUUAUUAUAGGCUAUAAUUUUACAAAGUCAGACUAAUACGUCAAGCUAGUUGAAGACUACAUCAUGUACAAAAUUAGCAUAAUUAUAAGCAACAUUCCAGGAGAAAAAAGUUGAGUAG